GGAGAGAGGUUGGGGAAGACUUGCCAGCCAUCUCAGACCUUCUCCAGCCCCAGGCCCCUGUCAACACUGACGAGCCACACAGUGGCAGUGAGAUUUCCCAGAAACGUCUCAGUGGAAAAGUUCAUAACCAGUGGGGUCAAUGUGGAAAUGCUGCCAGCCACAACCAGAAAGUUGUUCAACAGAGCGUUUGCAAGGGAGCAGUGAAUUAUGCAAGUAACAAAUCCAAAAAAAUUUUUAGAGGAAUCUCUAGCCUCAUUCGACAUAGGAAAGUUCACACUGGAGAAAAGCCAUAUGAGUGUAGUGAUUGUGGGAAGGCCUUCAGAUAUAAGACUAACCUCAAUCAACACCACAGACUUCACAUUGGAGAAAAGCCCUAUGUGUGUAGUGACUGUGGGAAGUUAUUCAUGUAUAUCUCUGUUCUUAAUCGGCACCAGAGAGUUCACACUGGAGAAAAGCCAUAUGAGUGUAAUGAUUGUGGCAAGACUUUCAGUCAUAGGUACAACCUCACUGAACAUCAGAGAGUUCACACUGGAGAAAAACCUUAUGAGUGCAGUGAAUGUGGGAAAUCUUUUAGAUGCCAUAGUACCCUUUUUACCCACAGGAGAAUUCACACAGGAGAAAGGCCUCAUGAGUGUAGUGAAUGUGGGCAGUUCUUCAGGCAUAGAAAUACCCUUACUAAGCACCAGAGAGUUCACACUGGAGAAAAACCUUAUGAGUGUAGUGAAUGUGGGCAGUCCUUCAGACGAAGGCAUUCCCUCACUGAACACCAGAGAAUUCACACUGGAGAAAAACCUUAUGAAUGCAGUGAAUGUGGGAAAUUUUUUAGAUGCCAUAGUAACCUUUUUGCACACAAGAGAGUUCACACAGGAGAAAGGCCUCAUGAGUGUAUUGAAUGUGGGAAAUCUUUUAGCCAAAAAUCUCACCUCCUUAGACACCUGAUUGUUCACAAUGGAGAAAAGCUUUAAAUGUGCACCAAAUACUUUCUUUUGCUCAUUGACAAUAACAACAUUGAAAGGGUCUUUUUGAUACACAUUUAACAGAACAUGAACCCCUUUUAUCACAACAUUUACUCCGUUGGAAUCCUCAUAAAAUUUCAAGUACAAGCGAUGCUUUAAAUAACUGCAUGGCACUUGCUAAGCUGCUUGGGCCUACUACCCGAUUGAAAUCACUGGGAGUAUUCCAGGCUGAGGCGAUUUCACCUCCACCACCUGGCUCACCUGAACAGGGUGCCUCAGUCACAACCCCUGCACGGUCAGGGAAAAGGAAUUCUGUGUUCUCACCUCGGCCUGAGCAAACUGUGAUUACUCCAAGCUUGUGGGAGGAUCUUCAUUCUUUUCUGAAUAGGAAAUGGAGUUGAUUGAGGGUUCAUCCAGCGCACCCAUCCUCAGCUAAGAAGAGCUACCUCUCUCAGAGACAUAGUGGCUCUCACCUUAUGCUGCGAUGAAUUGCUUCAGGUUCCAAUUCACCAACCUGCAAACCCAUGGAAUUUUCUAACACGUCUCUGGUUUCUGAUCUUUUUGUCCAGGUGCUUUUACUCAUGUACUAGUACCUUUCAUUUUGUUGGUCCUAUUCAUCGCCUGGAUUGAUUUGAAAGCACACUUGGGAUCUGUCCGCAUGUGCAGGGGAACAGACAUUGUGGGAAUCCCCAACCUACUGUGCUCCGAAAGUCAAGGCGUGGACUCAGAAAAUCACGUUGUCCAGUAUUCACUUGUAAUGCAAUGCUGCCCUAGACCUGGAAAGAAAGCCGGCAUGACUUGGUGGUUCUCAUUUGCAGCCUGGUGCCUCCUAUGAUUGCGGUCUGAGGCCAUCCUGAAGAUGGGGGUGGGGGGCUUUGUUGUGCUUCUGUGAACAAUGUGAAUCAUAUUCUCUGUUCACAGUGUGUAUUACAUACUCUCAAGGUGCCCUGUGCCGUUAUGAAUGACAUUUCAUAGGCUGGUGUCGCUUGUAUUGAGACUCUGAGGGUUAGGUUGAACUACAAUUGGGUCAGAAACCCUGUGUUCAUAGUGAGUGGGAAAGAGUGCAGUGAAUUAGGUGAAUCGCGCCUCUUCUGAACGUUACCCACAAAGGACUAAGGACAUGUGACUUGUGUGGUCAUCGUGGACAUGCGUUCUCAG